CAUGAGAAACAAACCCAACUACAAAAACCCAUCACCCCUCAUUCUCCAUCACCUCCCUCCUCUUAGCAUUCACUCAAAAAACACUUUCUGAAAAGAAUACAUUUCUUUUCCCAAACAUGGCCAGACCACAACAACGAUAUCGAGGCGUCCGACAAAGGCAUUGGGGCUCUUGGGUCUCCGAAAUUCGUCACCCCAUUUUAAAAACUAGGAUAUGGCUUGGUACAUUUGAAACAGCUGAGGAUGCAGCAAGAGCAUACGAUGAAGCAGCGAGACUAAUGUGUGGAACAAGAGCGAGAACAAAUUUCCCUUACAACCCAAAUGCUUCUCAAUCAUCAUCUUCAAAACUUCUAUCAGCAAAUUUAACUGCUAAACUUCAUAGAUGUUACAUGGCUUCAUUGCAAAUGACUAGGCCAUCUUUUCAAGAAUCUCAGAGAGAAUCUUCACAAAGUAACAUCAUUUCUACAAGCAAUGUUUCUAUGAAAAGUAGUGAAGAAAUUGAUCAUACUACUACUAUGUUGCCACAGAAGAGACAUGAAUUAGAGAAACAAGAAUCAGAGGGAAAUUGGGUUUUCAAGAAAGUUAAAGUUGAAAAUUCUCAGCAGUUUUAUAAGCCACUUGAAGAAGAUCACAUUGAACAAAUGAUAGAGGAAUUGCUUCAUUAUGGGUCUAUUGAGCUUUGUUCUGUUAUUCCACCAUAGGAACUUUGAAUCAUGAACAUUUUUCUAAGUCUUUGAAUUUGAGCAUUUUCAUAUUCUUAUUAUGCUAAUUUAAUUUAACUAAUUACUACUAAUAUUAAUGUCUUAGGCAUUUAGCUAGCUCCUAUUUUGGUCCUGGAUGUUUUCUAAGUGACCUAUUGGACAAUGUUGUUGUUAUGUACAUCCAAUUAUUAUCUUGUUAUUUAUAACUAUAUUGGCUACUUGUUAUUCA